GGCGGACUUCCGGGGCGGGCGAUCCGGGACGAAAGAGGAGUGUCUGACAGUUGGCGCCGCCGGGAGGGACGGCGGGCGGGGCGAAUGGGCGCGGGGCCGGUAGGCCAGGCUGGCUGUGGGAAGUCACUGACUAUAUACUGUGUUCCUGGCAUGUAGAAAACACUCAAAAGGACCUUACUCCAUGGGCAUCGGAAUCAGGGAGAACUUGUUUUUGAAUCCCAGUAAGGCUCCAGGGAGCAGGGUCGGGGCCAGGGAGACAAUGGUCUCAGUGACUAUGGCCACUUCCGAGUGGAUCCAGUUCUUUAAGGAAGCCGGCAUUCCUCCAGGACCUGCUGUUAAUUAUGCUGUGAUGUUUGUGGAUAAUAGGAUCCAAAAGAGCAUGCUGCUGGAUCUCAACAAGGAAAUCAUGAAUGAGCUGGGCGUGACUGUGGUGGGUGACAUCAUUGCCAUCCUAAAGCAUGCCAAGGUGGUACACCGCCAGGACAUGUGUAAAGCUGCCACUGAGUCGGUGCCCUGUAGCCCCAGCCCGCUCCCAGGCGAGCUGCGCCGUGGUGCCUCUAGUGCCGCCUCCCGAAUGAUCGCCAACAGCUUGAACCAUGAUUCCCCACCCAGCACUCCCGCCAGACGGCCAGACACCAGCACUUCCAAGAUCUCCGUCACCGUGUCCAACAAGAUGGCAGCAAAGAGUGCCAAGGCUGCUGCAGCCCUGGCCCGCAGGGAGGAGGAAAGCCUGGGUGUUCCCACCAAGCGUCGCCGGGUCACUGCUGAGAUGGAGGGGAAAUACAUCAUCAACAUGCCCAAGGGCACCACCCCUCGGACCCGCAAGAUCCUAGAGCAGCAGCAGGCGGCAAAAGGUGUCCACAGAACGUCUGUGUUUGACCGCCUCGGUGCUGAGACUAAGGCAGACACGACAACCGGGAAUAAACCCACAGGAGUUUUCAGUCGCCUCGGGGCCACCCCAGAGUUGGAUGAGGAUCUGGCGUGGGACAGUGACAAUGACAGCAGCAGCUCUGUCCUGCAGUAUGCUGGGGUCCUCAAGAAGCUAGGACGGGGCCCAGCCCAGGCCAGUCCCCAGCCAGCACUGACUGUCAAAGCCAAGGCCACAAGCUCAGUGACAACGGCUGCUACCCCAACAGUGCGUCGCCUGACUCUUUCCUCACGCCCUGCACUUGAGAGGAAGCCGGAGUCCCUGUCCAAAGUCAGCAUCAUUCAGAGACUGGGCAAGGCCACCCUUGUGCCUGAGGCCCAGGACAGCCAGGUCACAAGCACCAAGAGUAAGUCCUCGGCUGAGGUCAAGGUCACCAUUAAGAGGACUCUGGUGGGGCCCCGGGGGAGCAGCUCCACUGAGGGCCUUGGUGCCCAGAUGGACCACGCAGGCACUGUGAGCGUGUUCAAAAGACUGGGCCGCAGGACCUUCUAGCCCACGUGCGGGCCGGGCGCAGAUGGCAGAAUUGCCGGCGUGCCUCGGCCCCUCUCCUGGCCCCUUCAGAGCUGCCCUCGAGGGCCUGCCUGCCCACCUGCCAGCUCCUGGUGACACUGCUUGUCUCCCUCAGCACGCACACUGGGCCUGAGCACGCGGGAUGGCACCACUGCUCCACGGGCUCUGGGACUCCUUGCCCGCCCUCUGUUCCCCACUCUCUGGCCACGGCCUUGGCAGGAUCCACUUUUCUACCUCUUCCAAGUGCCAAGUGCCGUUCGUCCCUCCUGCGGCCCCUUCCUUCCUCUCAGCAGCAGUGCUGCCUCAAACCCCAGCUCCUUAGCUCUUUCGCCUGCCACACUCGAGUGGGUGUCCCUGGGGGUCUCCCUCCUCCCCACACCCAGCUUUUCUCCCUCCUCUGCCCCUCCCCCUUGCUGUAACUGCUCUUUCUUCCUCUUCACUCUGUUCAUUUCUCUUCUGUUUUCUGUCCCUGU